AUGCCGCUAGCGCAUCUCGACAGCGACAACAAUGCCAUCUUCUACCUCAUGAACUCGCCCUUCUUCGACGGAGAGAGCAACAACAGCGCCGUAUACUCGACUGCACAAGGCCACCCCAAUGGCAUGCAACUACUAAACGACCGCCCCACGUAUGAGGCUGAGCUGCGGAAAUACAACUCUGGGCUACAGUUCAUCGUCGCAGGCGAGCCGAAGGCCGAAGGACAGCCAUGGCUCAUACAACGGCAGCGCAAGGUCGAGAACAGAGAAACUGGGAACCCGGAGACAGUGAACGAGGGGAACUACUACACGCAAGGCACAAGACUGCUCAUGGCGCCGAGCCUGCUGGAUGUUGUCCAGGCGCGUCUACUGACGGUAUCGACAAGAAUGCAGCAGAUGGCCGAGCUAUCCAAGAACAUGUCGCACUGGUCACCAGCAACCGGUCACACAUACCUCCCACCCUCAUAUGAGCCUGCAAAGGCUGACGCGGCUGCCAGUCGCAUUGGCAGCCCUACGCUCGCACCCACAGACCCUGAUGCGUCCACCUCGCAAUCACAAACCAAAGACGCCACAGCCGCCAUCGACUCUGCCGCAUCCACCACCCAAUUCUCAGACGCCUUCUUCAUGCGCUCCCUGAACCUGACACAUGCCUAUGGAGACGAGUACAUGGACGAGAACCCCCUGCUUGGCGAGCCUGGCGCCUUCGUCUUCACAAACUCGAAGAGCCACGUCGAUGCACGGAACAAAGCUCAGGAGCAGGCCAGUCAGGCCUCGCAAUCUACCCAGCCUAUCACGAAGACCGACACUCAGCCUACCAGCGUGGCUCCCUCAGCCGUGGCAACACCUAAAGGCAUUGCAACACCUCUAGCUCUGGAAGGACCAAGUAGGAAAGGCAGCGUGGUUGGCCUGCCAAAAGAGGAGAAGAGAAAGAGAAGGAAGAGCAAGGGACUCGCUAGUCCCACAACGCCGGCUGGUCCUGCAUUGUGA